AUGAUGCUUCGCUUUGAUAUGUCUGAGUAUGUUAGUCCCGAAUCCGUGCUACGUCUCGGUGGAGCACCCCCAAGCUAUCAUGGUUAUGAAAAUGGUGGACAACUGACCGAGAAAGUUAGGAGGCGCCCGUACAGUGUUGUCCUUUUUGAUGAGGUGGAGAAGGCAUAUCCGUCAGUGUUGAAUGUUUUUCUUCAGCUCCUUGACGAUGGUGUGUUGACUGAUGGUAAAGGGCAUAAUGUGGAUUUCAAGAAUACAAUUAUCAUUAUGACUUCGAAUGUUGGGGCAGAGCACCUAAAUGUAGGAGUGGUUGGAGAAAAGACAACGGUUGCUUCGCGAAAUCUUCUCAUGAAACAGGUUCAAAAAUGCUUCAAGCCCGAAUUUUUCAACUGA